CAAACUCAAGUCUCUUGAAUUUGUACCAUAAAUAUUUCUCUAGUUUUCUCUUCUUUCCAACCAUGACAAAAUCACUUGAAAUCUCCAAAAAUGAUCCGCCUCCGAUUGAACCCGAAAAAGAAGUAGAACCUGAGGAAGAAGAUGAAGAGACAUCCGAAUCUGGACCAGAAGAUGCCGUGACCCGCAAGAUGAAGUUGUCGUCGAAAGACAAGGUUUCCGGAUCCGAGAAUUCUACCCCUGCGAAUGCUGUUUCUGGGAACAUUCAUAGCCUAUCUAAUGAACUAAAUCCGAAUCCGGACCAGCAUGUCGUAAAGCUGCCUACUGCUUCAAAACCGGAUUCCAGCUUUACUUCUCCAGUGCUGAGCACUAAUGCAGGUGCAGGUGCCAAUGCUAAGAGAGGAGCUGCAGAGCCCAAAUCUUCAACACAUUCAAAGAAAGCGAAGACAAAGACUGCUAAGAAAAUUGCUAAUGUCGUUGAGGACAAGAAACUUUUUGAAAGAAUAUUUAGCGAGGAUGAUGAGAUCCUUAUAUUGGAGGGUAUUGCCGAUUUUUCUGCCAAGGCAAAGGCGGAUCCUCUCGACAAAAUCACCGAAUUUCAUGAUUACAUUAAUAAAAAGAUUGGUGGUGAUAAGACCAAGUCUCAACUAUUGGAUAAAAUGAAGAGACUCAAAAAGAGGUAUGAAAAUAUUGCAGCGAAGGCCCAAAAGCUGCUGAAAAAAGGUAAACAAAGGACCUUCGCGGAUCGCCACACUCAAAAUGUUUACGACCUCUCCAAGAAGAUAUGGGGCAGAGACGUAACUGGAGAUGAGGAGGUGAAAAGGAGUGGAAAUCGCAGAGUGUCGGUUGAGUUUGAGGAAUUGAGGAAAGGAAAAAGCUCAGGAAAUGAGAAAGAGAGGAUUCUUAGUUUUGUUCCUAAUGAUGUUACAGUGAUGGAGAAUUGGUUUUUGCAUGAAGGUACCCAACUAAUGGAGGAGGACGACAAAGAAACAAUGGAGAAAAAGUGGAAAGAGUUUAAAUUGGAGGAGUGCGAACUUUGGAUGAAGAAGCAAAAGUUAAUGAUUGAACACAUGGAGAAGGUUAAGGAGGGUAUAAAAUCACUUGGGAAUUGAGGUUCUUUCUUGUUUGGAAGAUCAAUUAGUAACUAAGUAGAGAAGAUGAAGCAACUUAGUUCCGGUAAUAAGUUUUAAUUUGGAUUUCAUGCUUUCAGUUUAUCUGCCAUGGGCUUUAAGACUUUUGCAAACAUGGAUGAUUUAUUUCUUAUAUGUACCUUGGUUUGGCGCUUUUAUAUCCUUAUUAUCAUUCAAGCUAUUUUAACUUGGAAUGGUGAUUGACAAGGAG